GCAACGCCUGGCUGCUGAGAGCUGCUCAGAAGCCAUGACUUUGGAUCUCUUGUUUCUCAACCUCACCCUGCUCGGGGCCGUGAAGCCUCAGGAGCAGGUUUUCAAUAUGACUGUGCUACCAACCUUUCCUCUGAUCAACCUGGUUCCCCUGCAACCAAAGUUCCAGGAUGACAAGUUCCAGGGUAGGUGGUACACAAUAGCGAUGGCAGACAGCAGAAUUCGCAGUAGAAAGCAGAAGGGGUUAAACAUGCAGCGCGUCACCUUCCUGCUGUCAGAUGGCCACAGCUACGUUGUCAUCACUACCAUGAUCAGGGGCAGGAGCUGUGAUCACUGGACCAGAGUCUUUUUUCCAGCUGACCUUCCUGGCAAUUUCGUCCAGAACACCAUCAGUGGUCACCGUGGAGUACAGAGAUACACAAUGAGAGUGGUAGAUACCAACUACGAUCAGUUUGCUUUGGUGUCUUUCACGCAAGAAUUCCAAGACAGGGUGUACCUCUACCUCAGCCUCUACGGGAGGACCAAGGAGCUGAGUCCCAGACUGAAGGAGCGCUUUGUCCACUUUGCCAAGUUCCUUGGCUUCACAGAAGACAACAUCAUCUUCCACAGCCCUACAGAGAAAUGCAUCAGUGACUGAACAGGCUGUGCCAUCUGGCUGCUGUAUGGGCCAUACAACAAUGAGAGACCUGUGAGAUUCUCCUUACAGUGCAACACUGCCUACCCAGGAGCUGCAAAAGACAUGCUGCUAAUAGAGCCACCUCCUAUGCUAAAUAAACUCCUG